UACACAAAAAAACACGGGAACAGUGGUGCUUGCUGACGUCAUCCUGCCAAAUUCCGAACCACCGGUUCGUCGUAAAAGGACAUGCGCUCUCCCCUUUUCCGCCUCCCGUGAGGGUGCUUGUCCUUGUCGCUAGGAAAAGACAGAGAGCGGGAAGGAGGAGCGGACUGGGAGCCGGGGGACGAGCCAGAGAGCAGCAGGCGAGCGAGCGAGCGAGCGCAGGCAUCGGACAAUUUCGCCGCAUUGCUAUUCGAUCCCGUCCACCCGGUGACCCCCCCGUGAAGAAGUGGGAGUUGUCCGACUCGGUGAAUCCACCAGGCAGGCUACUAGUGAGCAGGUGGACGGACUCCUUAGUAAGCAGGUGGACGGUCGCUUGCUUCGCUCGCUCCUCGCCUGUGUGUCUUGUGUUUACGCGUGUGAGUUAGUUUUAAAGUGAGGUCGGUCGUUUAUGUAUUUAUUUAUUUAUUUAUUUAUUGACAUGGAGGACGCCGACAGGCUAGCCAGGACGAGGCUGUUUUGCUAAGGACGGCGCGCCACCCAGCUUUGAAUCUCGACAAAGUGCUCUUCAAUAUGAACACAGUCGUCCCGAGCAAACUUGCGUACUACUGUGCCAGCUGGAGAUGAGCGCUUCAUCUUGAAAAUCUACACGCGCGGACUGUGCCAAGGUUCACAUUGUUUACACCGACAACAACCCGAAAGAGUUGGCGCACCUUUUCCACGGCGACAAAAAAAAAAGCCAUGUUUUAGCCAAAAUUAAUUGUUCAAUAUCAAAACUUUUUAGGUCAUGCAAAAAAAAAAAAUCAUUUUGUUUGUGCUGCUGUGAUUUUCUCUGUGCAUGUGCUUUGUUUGCGGCGUGUGUUCGUCUGCAUGCGUUGGCCGUGCAUGUGACCACCCGGCCGGGAUGUUCUCAGACAGCGGCGGAUGUGCUCGCAAAAGCGUCGCCAUGACGCUCACGCUCUCGCCCAUGAAGAGGGUCCAGAGCUCACCCAAUCUGGCCUCAGGGAGUGAUCCUCACUCAACAGACUACAGUUCUUGGCGGUCUCACAGCGCAACCGAUGGCCUUAAGAACGGCGACUCAAUCAGCUCGUCUCUGGCCGCCAAAGGCUUCCGCAGCGUCAGGCCCAACUUGCAGGACCGAAAAUCGCAGGCCCCCCUCCCCCUUGACUCCACAGCACGUCACUCCCCCUUUCUGAGCCGCAGCUCCGAAUCUCUCGACUACCCGUCGGGCCUAAUGUCCAAGGGGCUGUCACCCAGCCCGUAUGUCGCGAGCGCGGCCGCGUCGCCCCCCGCCUCCCCCGUGACCGUCUCGGCUCUCAGCCACUACUCCUCCUCCACGGCGGGUCUGCUGGACGAGCUGCAGAUCUGUAGCCUGGACUCGCCCGGCGCUUCGCCCACGCCGUCGCCCACCCUCAGCCACGUCUCGGUCUUCACCGCCGCUGGCCCCGACGACGCGCUAACAGCCGCCGCAGCAGCAGCCACUGUCACUAACGGCCAGGUGCUCUCUCAUGCUAUGAACGGCGGCACGGGGCACAGCACCAGGCCGCUUUCGCCGCCAUCUUACCCGCCGCCGCCCGCUUCAUUCCGCACCGGACUCCUGAGGCAGAGCCACACCUCUGAAGGCAGCGAGGCGUUUACCCGAGAGUCCGUGGUGUCGGGCGACGCCAGCUUCAGCAGCACCGUGCCCAUCGCCCGCUUCUCCGAGGAGGAAACCAAGGUGUCCGUCAUCAAAGCCCCCCACUACGAAGGCAUCGGACCCGUGGACGAGUCGGGCAUCCCCAUUGCCAUCCGCACGACGGUGGAUCGGCCCAAGGACUGGUACAAAACCAUGUUCAAACAGAUCCACAAGGUCCACAAAGCGGACGACGACUAUUCGGACACCUACAGCGCGACAUACGCCAUCGUUAACAAUGACGACUACGGUGUGCCGCCAAACGCCACCUUGGCCCACCCGGCCCCACGCACGCACACGUACAGGCCGCUCGCCAAGAGCCUGUCGGACAGCGGCGGACUACGCCACGCCGCCCGGGAUCCCUCGCCGUCGCCCGUGCCCCCGCCUCCCCCGCCGCCCGCACCCUCCUUGCUGCAGUUGAGAGCACGAGACAGCGACCUUGACAGAGACACGCCGGAUAUGAACGAAUGGGGUCCACCCGACAGGAAAGUGGACACGCGAAAGUACCGCGCUGAGCCGAGGAGUAUUUUUGAAUAUGAACCAGGGAAGUCCUCCAUUUUAGAGCACGAAAGAGCUACCUAUGAUGACAUAGAUUUAGAGAACGAGCCUUGGUAUAAGUUCUUUUCCGAGCUGGAGUUUGGCCGCCCGCCUCCUAAAAAACGGCUGGAUUAUAAUCCAGACGUCUCGGCUCGCCAGCGCAUUGAGGCGACCCUGCUGGUUGCUCCUGCCGACAAGCCCCACGAAAGACCUUCGAGCGCUGCCAGCGACUACAGAAAGCGAAGGAAGUCGGAGCCUGCCGGCCCCCAGGCGAACUCUCUCCCGCAGCCAAGCCAAGCGGCGACGUCGCCCAAAGCGCCCGACGCCAGCAGGUCCGCCGGCGGCGCCCCCAAGAAGCCCGUCGCUCGCUCCUCGCCGUCCUCGCCCUCACGCACCAAAGGUGGGGCCGCAUGCGUCAUGUAUUCAAACACUUUGACCUCUCCGGGUCCUUGCUGUCACUCCUCCCUGCCCACGGUUCCGCUACGUUUCCCAGAGGAGGCGCCGGCGUCCUCCUGCGAGGAGGCUCCAGUGCCGCCCCCGCCCAGCAGCAAGCUCAGGUCGCGGAGCUGCGACGACUUGCUGGGCGACAGUCCAAGCCGGCGUCGCGCCUGCCGUUCGGAAAGCGCCGGCUCGCUGCUGUGCGACCGCUCGGGCUCCAAUGGGUCCGUGGGCUCGGUGCCGCGCCUCCGCCGCCGGCUGCCGCACGACUCCCCGGCUUUCCUCAAGCUCUACCGCAAGAUGCACCACAUCGACAGGGCUCACCUGCUCCCGUCCGACGUGAUCCGUUCGGUCCGCGCUCGCAUCCUAGAGCUGGAGCAGCAGCCCCAUCUGCACCUGCACCGCCUCUCUCCUUGGGCGCCUUCUGGUGGAUCGGAGGUGCCGCGCGACACCGUGCCCACGCGCAUCUCCACCUUUGAGAGUCUUAUCGAGAAGUCCAAAUCCAUGCCCAACUUGGGAGACAGCGAGGCGGCGUCGGGCGCCACCACGCCAGGUGGCUCGUCAUCCCGAGCGAGCAGCGGCGGCGCCACGCCAAGUUUUCCAAAACGCCGUUUCUCCAUCGAGUCUCUACUGGAGGAGGACGACAGCGGCAAUCAGCCGGCACCUCGCGCCACGGACCAGUCGCGCAAACCUCGUAGCCCACCCGAGGGUCAGCCUCGCGUGGGGCCGGAACCCGACCGCGGGGCCUCCUCCCUGGCUCCUCCCGCCCCACGAGUGCCGCAAGCCGACUACUCGGACAGCGAGCAAGAUGCCAUCGCCUCGGACCUCAGCGACUUCAUCCAAGUGGAGGGCUCUUCCUUUUGCAGCGAGAGCGACUUUGACCACUGCUCGUUGACGUCCUCUGAGAGCUUGUACGGCUCCGCCAUUCUGCACCAACACCGCCGUCAUCACCUUCACCGCCAUCACCACCCUGGUCACCAGAGUGUGGGCCAGAACCAGGGCUACCAACAUAGACACCUCAUUAGCUCUUGCAAGGGUCGCUGCCCGGCCUCCUACACCCGCUUCACCACCAUGCUCCGGCACGAGCGUCAGCGGGCCCGUCAGGACCCUCAGAGACCUCCGCCUCCGAGUCGCAGCAUCCGCUCCCUGGUCCAGAGCGCCGAGUCCCAGCAGUCCAUGUCCAAGCUGGCCUACUUGGUCAGCCCAGUGCCUUUUCACAAGAAAAAGGGCGGCGGCAGUCGCGGAAGCAGGCCAAAAUCCAAGCAGGCCAUCUACGAAGCGCUGGACGCCGCCCUGAGGGACAUCUACGAGCACAUCCGAGCCGAGCGUGGUCACAGGGGCGCCGGGACCCCCGACGACAGCAUCCUGAGGAGAAUACUCUCCGAGCUGCUGCCCAGCGUGCCUGAAAGAAGCUCUUCGUUGCCAGGAAGGAGGUGUUGGCACGAGGCCGGCCCAGACGGGUACGCCUCGUACCGGGGCGAUCCACUCACGCCGCAGUUGCAGUCCCCCCGAAUCCGGUCGCCAGUCAGUGCCUGUUACGGACGCCAUUUGGACGCCACCAACUGUAAUGAUUACGGGGAGGAGCAUGGCAAUGAGAAUGGUGUUUUAUAUUCAGACCAGGAUGUGCCCACCAGAAGUUAUUCCACUAUGGACGGGCGCCACACACCCCAGAAUCGAAGAGGAGCUCCUGAGAGAGAGGUAUCCCAUAAACAGAUGACACAACUCAUUCUGUUCUCUCUCCUCCAUCAGAAGCAGCCCGCUCGAGCUAUUUACGACUUUAAGGCGCAGACGGCUAAGGAGCUGACGUUCAAAAAAGGCGACGCGGUGAACAUCAUCAGGCAGAUUGACAGCAACUGGUACGAAGGCGAGCACAGAGGCCGGGUGGGGAUAUUCCCAAUAGCUUACGUGGAGAAGAUGGCGUCUUUGGAGAAGCCGCAGCCCAGCCGCCCGCCUCCGCCCGCCCACGUCAGGGAGAUCGGAGAGGCCGUGGCUCGCUACAACUUCAACGCUGACACCAACGUGGAGCUGUCUCUCAGAAAGGGUGAAAGAGUGAUCGUGAUCCGGCAGGUGGACCAGAACUGGUACGAGGGCAAGAUCCCAGACACCACCAAACAGGGCAUCUUUCCCGUAGCCUACGUGGACCUGCUCAAGCGCUCGCCCUCCAAAACCUCCGUCCACCACUUCCACCACGUGGACACCCACGGUUACCACGGCAACAGGACAUCCAGCUCCACGCCCAUCAAACGAUUAGUCCAAGAAGCUCUCCACGGCGGAGGAGACCCCUUCCAGUCCGUGUACAACUACACACCGCGUAACGAAGACGAGCUGGAACUGAGGGAGGGCGACAUCAUCGACGUGAUGGAGAAGUGUGACGACGGAUGGUUUGUUGGGACAUCUCGCCGAAGCAAGUUGUUUGGAACCUUCCCAGGAAAUUAUGUGAAGCCGCUACCGUGAAUGAUUCCUGCCCCCCCCCUUCAGCACACAAGUGCGUGUAUGUGUGCGUACGUAUGGCGACGCAGCUCUCACUAGCCAUCUUCAACAGAAGACCUCGUUGGUACAAUUUUUGGUUGUUUUCAACUCUUUGUUUUUCGGACAAGACAAAAAAUGACGACAAUGGCGGGGGGGAAAAAAAAGCCCACAACACUUUUUUGUUGGCGUUUGCAGCACACAUUUUUUUUUCUUCUUUUUUCAAAACAAUUCUCACCCCAAAGACAUUCGACAAUGAAUUCUGUGUUAUGUUACGUAAAUGUCACCGGUUCACCGUUACCACUAGUGUUUAUGCACUUUAACCAAUUUGUGUUUGUUUGUUUAAUGUCAGAUUUCACCUCAGAAGAAGAAGAAAGUGUGUCAGUGUCAGAGGGCUUGCCACAUUUUCACUUUUUGUAUUUAUGGGCGCUCCAACACUAGAGAAAGAUUGUAGCCUUGUUGUUGCUUUAUUUACGAUUGCUGGUGAACGCAACUGAACCCACUUUGGAACCAUUGCUUCUAUUAAUAGGCGCCAUCCCAGAAAAAGCAAGAUUGAUAUUUUGUUUUAUAUAUACACAUUUACGUGAAUGUAGUACAUCUAAAUUGUUUUUAAUACAAAAAUAAUUAUUUUAUGUUUUGGAUAUAUGUUUUAAAUUAUGUUUGGAGUGUUUUUUGGUCAACUAUACAGUAGUGCGCUGAUUAAGAAAAGCUAUCAUGAUUGGAAGCUGUCACUUUAGUUGUCUGGAUGACACAAAUUUGCAGACUCAUAUUUUGAACCACAUUUUAGCUGUGAAGGCACACCAAGCAAUUUUAUUUUAUUUUAUUUUGGGACACUGACUAUCAUUGAAGCACCUUAAGAUAUAUUAUUUUUAUCAUAAAUUCACAUUGUGUUGCUCACAUUUCAGUGCGUGUGUUUUCAAAGCCUUUUGUAUGUCGUCAGCAUCCACCUGCUUUAUAAAACACUAACUUGAUUAUUUUCUCCCUAUUGUUCUUUCCGAUCAACAGCGCCAUCUUGUGGGGUUUUUCUACACCAUUUUUUGAGACUGAUAUCGCCUUAAAAAAGAAACUAGCUCAAUAGCCAUGUAAUGUGAUAAAUGCAAAAAAUACCUAAAGAAUAAUGUAGUGGAAACCGCUUAUUUGUAAACAAACCACACAUGUGCACACACACAAGUGUCAAGUAUUUCUACUUUUCAUUUUACGGGGCUGUAUUAUUAUUAAUAAACGCUUAGAUUUAUGAUCUUA